AUGGCUACGCGUAUUGCUCCCCCGGCGGGCCUCCCCCAAAAGGUGGUCUCGAACCCGCCAAACCAGACUCUCUACGUCACGAACCUCCCCUCAGCCAAGAUCCAAAAGGACGACCUUCGCACAGCACUGUACAUGCUCUUCUCCACCUAUGGCCCCGUCCUCGAUGUUGUCGCUCUCAAGACCAUGAAGAUGCGCGGGCAAGCACACAUUGUCUACCGGGACAUUCAGACAGCAACACAGGCCAUGAGGUCACUUGACGGCAUGGAGUUUUUGGGCAGGAAAAUGAAAAUCACCUACGCCAAGGGUCGCUCCAACAUCAUCGCCAAACUCGACGGUACUCUCGUGCCACCCAAGGCCGCCGCCGCCGUGGCCCUCACCACCGUCCAACAGAGCAUCUUCAGUGCCCCAGUACCAGGCGCCCCUACUACGAAUACCGAGAGUCCAGCACCACAAGGUUCGCCAGCCAAGCCUCCCGGGACGGAGACAACCACACCGGCAGAGGAAAACCGGGGAACGAAGCGGCCACGCGAGGAGGAGGAAGAAGAGGAGGAGAGCGAUUCGGAUGUUGCUAUGGAGGAAGACAGCGACGAGGACUGAUGGGUGUCCACUAUGGCAUUUGCUUCCUGUUUAAGAUACCAGCUCGCGGUGGAGAAGGACGACGAAAAUGAAGGCGCAAUGAAGCGGAUGGAUAAAAAAAAUCGCCCUCUCGAAGGACAAUGCAGAAGACGCGCCGCUAGCUGCAUGUACAACAUACGCCGCGCUACUCCCACUUCCUUUAGGCGGAAGAAGGCUCCAAGGCCAUUUCCUUGGGGAUCCAAAGGCUGACACAGCCGCCGACGAGUCCAAGCCAAACCAUCAGGUAGUUCUCGAUCGAGACAUUGUCAAACGUCGACAUGGCCUCGCCAAGGAGACAUGGGUGGACGAAGAAGGUGGGAAGGCCUGUGAUGGGAUGAUACUGUUUAUAUGGCCGAAAUAAUUCAAAAGAAGGGACAUUCGUGUGUUAGUACA